AGAGGGGGCGGGCGGAGGCUCCGAUCUGCGCCCCUGGCCGGUUGCGCGCGCAAUCCCGGCCCCGCCCCUCCCGCCGGCCCGGAGUGACCUUGGUCCCGGCGGCAGCGGAGCCGUCAUGGCGGCGGCGGCCGGGAAGCCCAAGACCUCCCCCAAGUCCGUCAAGUUCCUCUUCGGGGGGCUGGCCGGCAUGGCAGCCACGGUCUUCGUGCAGCCCCUGGACCUGGUGAAGAACCGCAUGCAGCUGAGUGGCGAAGGGGCCAAGACGAGAGAGUACAAGACAAGUUUCCACGCCGUGGGCAGCAUCCUCCGCAAGGAGGGCGUGCGAGGCAUCUAUACCGGGCUGUCUGCGGGUCUCCUGCGCCAGGCCACCUACACCACCACCCGCUUGGGCAUCUACACCAUCCUCUUUGAGAAGCUGACGGGGGAGGACGGGCGGCCCCCCAACUUCUUCGUCAAGGCGCUGAUUGGGAUGACGGCGGGCGCUGUGGGUGCCUUCGUGGGGACGCCGGCCGAGGUGGCGCUCAUCCGGAUGACGGCUGAUGGCAGGCUCCCCGCGGACCAAAGAAGAGGGUACACAAACGUCUUCAAUGCCCUGCUGAGGAUUACUCGCGAGGAGGGCGUUCCCACGCUCUGGAGAGGUUGUGUGCCCACCAUGGCUCGGGCAGUGGUGGUCAACGCUGCCCAGCUGGCCUCCUACUCCCAGUCCAAGCAGUUCUUACUGGACUCCGGUUACUUCCGGGACAACAUCUUCUGCCAUUUCUGUGCCAGCAUGAUCAGCGGGUUGGUGACCACGGCGGCCUCCAUGCCCGUCGACAUCGCCAAGACCAGGAUCCAGAAUAUGCGGAUGAUAGAUGGAAAGCCGGAGUAUCGGAACGGGCUGGACGUGCUCAUGAAGGUGGUCCGCUACGAAGGGUUCUUCAGUCUGUGGAAGGGCUUCACCCCCUACUACGCCCGCCUCGGCCCCCACACGGUCCUCACCUUCAUUUUCUUGGAGCAGAUGAAUAAGUUCUACUCGAAGUUCUUCCUGAGUGCCUGAGUGCGGAAGCCGCGGCCUGUGAGCAACGCAGGCAGGAGAGGGCGGGGCGAGGAGCCACCCCCCGCACCUGACACGGCCAGCUCCUGCACCGAGCCAAUCAUGAGGAAAGAGCGGGGGCGGGGAGAUGAAUUAAUUUAUUGGCAGGGCGGGGGGGGGGCUGGUGCUCCGGUGGGACACCCCCACACUUGCUCUCACUGGACUGUCUCCUUUUGGCCACCAGCCCCACUUCUGGCUGUCCCUUUCCCCCUCCUGGGUUUGAACUUAGUAAAAUCAAUCAUGGUCUUAA